AUGAAUGAUCGACGCACGGACGGGCUUUGGACGGUGGCCAUCGCCGCAGUGUCGGACGAAGCUUGCUUCAGACAUUCCCAGAACCGCCCGACCAGGCGUGAAGGGAAGGCGUGGUGCAGGAGUGGCAGAGAAGCAGAAAGAGUGUGCAGGAGCAACGGAGAAACCUGGAGAGCAGCACGCCUGGGGAGCGGCGGAGCGGUGAACCGAUCACGUGCCAGAGCACUCGAGGGGGCAGGGGCUGCAGCAAAUCAGCUGUCACCAGAAGCUCCUAUCCAGCACCAGCAGCACGGGCACCAGUGGUGGCAGGGAUACAUGCAGAAUCCACAUUCACUACAGUGGUUGCGGCUGCAGCAAUCAACUUCUGGGGUAGCAGUGCCAGCAACAACAGUGCUGCGUAUUUCGUCAUG